AUGGACUCAUACGGUCUGCCUCCACUGCCGGCCCCUACGGUCGAUGUGGCAAGGCUCCUGGCCGAGAACCCGGACCAGCCGUUGCCUGAGUUCUUUGAGCCCUACAGAAAGUUCGAAGCCGAGCUCCGGCAGCUGUAUGCACAAGGGCCCGACGCCGAGAUCCUCAAAGACCAUCACAUCAAUGUGGUGCCGCUCUUCACCGAGCACACUGGGGCGAUCAAGGUCCGGGCCCGUGAUGUGGAGAACGAGCCGGAUCAGGAGAAGGAAAAGUACAUCAUGGCUCUGCCCAAAGACCGGCGCCGGCCCAACGGCUCUCCCGCUACGGUUGGAUCGCUCCAGGACUUCCGCAGGAAUUUCAACGUCUUUUGCGAGUCCUCCAUGGCCGAGAUGAACUGGGACAAUGUUGUCGUGGCCGGCUCCGCCGUGGUCAACUGCCUCUUGCCGGUUCCCGAUGAGUUUAGCGGCUCGAAGCGGUCACUUCGCGAGUACUACCACGAGAAAUUCUGCCCUGCUUCGGACGUGGAUCUCUUCCUCUACGGCCUCAGCGAGGAGGAGGCGGUCGAGAAGAUCAAGCAAAUCGAGUCGUGUAUCCGCGAUUCCAUCCUGACCGAGACAACCACGGUCCGGACCAAGCACGCAAUCACCAUCUGCAGCCAGUACCCCACUCGCCACAUCCAGAUCGUCCUCCGUAUCUACAAGUCCAUCAGUGAGAUUCUCACCGGCUUUGAUAUCGACUGCUCCGGGGCCGCCUACGAUGGCAAGCAGGUCUACUGCACGCCGCGUGCUCUGCAGGCCUACAUGACCCAGCUCAACCAGAUCGAUCUGACUCGUCGCAGCCCAUCGUACGAGAACCGCCUCUCCAAGUACAGCCACCGUAAUUUUGAGGUCUACUGGCCCGACCUUGACCGCUCCAGGAUUGACCCUACCAUCUUCGAGAGGAGCUUCCAGCGCACGCUGGGUCUGGCAAGGCUCUUGGUACUGGAGCAGCUGCCGACCACCACGGCUCGUGAACAGUACCGGUCCAAGCGACGUGCCGAGAGGGGCCGGCCGCCCCUGAACAAUUCUCAGCAGCAUGUCCUCUAUGGCAACAUCAAAGACUCGUUUGAGGACGAGGUGGCUGAGUGGGUCGACGCCGAAGACGUUUCCAACUACCACACCUUCACCAUUCCCUACGGCCAGAAGUUCCACGCCAAGAAGAUUGAGAAGCUUUGCUACACGCGCGAUCUGCUGCUCAAUGCCGAGUGGAACCAGCCUAAGGACCGCGAGGUGCACCUGCACAGGCAUCCGGCCUUCUUUGGCCGCUUUGAGGAUGUUAUCCACGACUGCUGCGGCUUCUGCCCCAAAGCCGAGACGGAGCAGGAGCUCGAGGUGGCUGAACAGGAGAACAAGAUCUACGUUUCGGGUGAAAUCUCCUUCAUCAAGGACGACCCAGGUCGCCAGCAGAUUGGCUCCUUCAACCCCCUUACUGACGAUGACUGGACCGAGAUGGCCUAUGUCGGUAACACCUCCCGCCUGUGCCAGGACAUUGUGGAUGGCAACCUGGAGCAUGUACAGGACUGGCUCGCUCAGGAGGGCGCCGACCCGAACAAGCGCGACUACACCGGACGCACCCCGCUGCAUCUUGCCGUGACGAGUUCGACCCCUGAGAUUGUCCGAUGCCUGGUCAAUGCAGGCGCCAGGCUGGUCGCCCGCCUUGCUGAUGGCAAGACAGCGCUGCACCUGGCCGCCGAGCGUGGCAAUCUGGAGAUGGUCAAGAUCCUUAUGGAGAAAAGUCUGGAGAACGAGGCCGAGGAGGAAGAGAAGCAAGAUAAGCGCCGUGCGGCAACUACCAACCCCGCUGGAGCGAAGGGCACGGAGAAGGAAGACGUAGUUGUGUCCGAUACGCCCAACAAGGAGGAAAUCAUCGAGUCUGAUGAGUCCGAAGAAGAGUCCGGAGACGAGUCUGAAGAAUCUGAUCUCGAGCUCUUGGAAGACGAUGAGUCUGAAGCCGAUGUCCAGAGCAUGGCAACUGGAUCCUUUGUCAAGGUGGGCAAGAAGGCUCAAGCAGAUCCCAUUCCUGAUGAAAACGAGGACGAGCCCGAUUUCUACGACGUCAACGUGCUUGCCUGGGACCAUCCUUGCUCCGCACUGCAUCUUGCCAUCGUUUCGGGCCACCACGAGGUCGUCAAACUGCUCUGCCAGGAAUACGGCGCUGAUGUGCUCCUGCCCAUCAAGUUCCUCGGCUACAACAACCAGCAGACGGGAGCCCUGCUCACUCUGGUGCUGGCUCUGGCGCUGCCCCUGGACAAGGCGAAGACCAUGGUCCAAACCCUGCUAGACCUGGGGGCUACUUGCGCUCAGGCAGAUACGGAUGGCUUCACCGCCUUCCACCGCUUCGCCGAGGAGAAUGCUGCUACCCUGAUCGAACUCCUCUUUGAGCUCGACAAGUCGGGCUCCAAGACUGCUGUCAACUUCUUUGCCUUCCCGACCGCCUUCCGGGCCGUCAGCCCGCUUCAAGCCGCCAUGACCAACGGCGACGUGAGGCUCGUCAUCAAGCUCCUUGAAGCCGGUGCGGCGCCCCAAGUUGAGUUCGAGACCUGGCUCAAGGCAGCCAAGCAAUCAGGUGCUGCAAACCGCCUCUCCACUCUCGAAGAGAACAAGAAGAUGCUCAACGAGUCGACGGAGCAGCCGCUUAUCACUGCACUUCGCUCGACCCGGCCCGCUUCCGCAAUCGAGCUCAUCAAGCAUGGAGCCGAUGUUAAUGCAAUCACGACCACCGCCUAUGGCAUAUUUGCGAGGUCGUGGUGGCGCGGCUAUGACCGCGGUGAAUCCGCGCUCGACCUUGUGCAGAAGCAGCUCGGCGAGCUUCGCAAGUACAAGGGCGAGACCCCGCGUGAGCCGGUCGAUAUCACCAAGGACGCCGAUAAAUAUCUCCAGGAUCUCAAGGAAGGCACUUGGCAGCACUGGCUGGUGCACAGCGACUACGACGAGGCCCGCAACCGGUAUGCUCUGCAGAUGAGGGAGCACGCAAAGGAGGUGGAGAAGGCCAAGGAGCUCAAGGGUCUCAAGGAGAAGAAGGAGGCCAUUGCGGAGGCCAUCGCGGACCUGGAAAAGAUCGAGAAGAUGAUUCUGGAGAAGGGAGGGAAACACUAUGAUGAUCUCUACCCGGACUUCAAGAACAAGAAGGCCGCAUCGUCCACGACCGAUUCGGACAAGACCACUACUCACUACAACUUCAAGGUUACCUUCUCUGGGGCCAUCGAUGUGACAGAGGCACGACGGCUUGCGUACAUUGAACUGUUUGAGGCCGCGUGGCGCGGCGACCUGGGAAAGAUCAAGGAGCUCACCCUUGGCGCCUGGGGAGUAGACGAUUCCGAGCCGCCGCUGAAGAUCGCUGUCAAGGACAACAAGAAUAACAACCCUUUCUCCCUAGCCUUCCUUCGAGGGCACUACGACGUCGCCCGGGCCAUCCUGGAAAUUGCAAAGGCGCAGUACGUGCCAGAGGACGAGAAGAAGGAACGGUUCAGGCUCAAGCGUAACGAUGACUACGAUUGCUCAGACGGUUCAGACUGUGAGUACUACGAGGGCGAGGGCGACGAGCCUUCCAUCCACCGCGAAGAGGUCGUGACACACUUCACUAUUGAGAAUGUCGGAGAGGUCGUGAUGCAAGUCAAGAGCCGCACCAAGCCCCUCGAGAUGCUCAGCUGGGGUUGCCCCAGCUUCACUGUCCGUGAUGGCAAGGUCGAGAAUCUGCACUUCGGCAGCUAUAGCCUGUUCCGCGCCGUCAUCCAGCGCAAUGAUCAUGCCGGUCUCAAGUUCCUGCUCGACACUGGCGCCCACUACACUGCUCAAAAGCUGGACCAGGAUGACGAGCCCAACAGGAUUUUCGCCUUCCCCCAGCUCGACUUUGACUAUGCUAUUGAAGAAGGUCGUGUCGAGAUGCUGGCUGAGAUCAUCAAGCGCACGGGUGCCGGUCUGCCUCUCGAGGACCUCGUCAAGCGCAGUGGUGUGGAGAUCAAGGACAAGCCUCGCUACUACCAAGGACUGACCGUCUACGGCAAGAAGAGGUCCGACUGGGCCCAGGCCGGACGCAAUGUGGUUUCCAAGCCCAUCGGCAACAAGGCAUCGCCCCUUCUGCACGCCGCCAUGGCCGGCUGCAUCGAGUCCGUCGAGUGGUUCCUCAGCGAUUCGCCCAUCCGCCAAUACCAGGAGUUCUCCAAGUCCAAGGCAGCACAGCACGACUCGAGGCUCAAGCACCUGACGCAGGCGCCUGGUGGCUUCGACGCGCAGGUCAAGAAGUGGCUGGGCAACCAGAGCGAUCUGGUCAUUCACGCCCUCAUCCUGGGCCCCACGGGCACGAAGUCGAAUGCGCUGCUCGAGCAUCUGAUCAAGGCCUACCCUUCUUCCGUGACGGCCAAGUCACAGGACGGCCACACGCCGCUGAUGCUGGCCGCCUUGCUCGGCCGUACCGACUUUGCCAAGAUCCUCAUCAAGAAUGGCGCAGACCAGAGCACCAAGGAUGCCAAGUGGAACAACCUAGCACACGGCGCCCUCCAGUCCUUCCCCGAGGCGGAGCCGCUGGGAGCUUUCCUCAAGCUCCUGGAUCCAGACCUGCUGGGCUAUAUGCUCAAGGAGCGCAACAGCCUGACCUUUAAGGGCCAGUCUCCGAUGCACAGCUGGAUCGCCCGGUGCUUUGACGACGACAAUUCGAAACAAAGGUAUGAAGACGUGGAUAAGGCCAUCGCCGUCCUCAAGCUGCUCCUGAGCUACUCCAAGGGCAAGGAGCUCGAGCUCCUCGACGGCGCCGGCGACACCGUCCUGCACACGCUCAUCGCCAACGACGCCGACCCCAAGAUCAUCCGCGCCCUGCUCGACUUCAACCCGGACCUGCUGUACCGCGAGAACGCCGUGGGCCGCACGCCCGCCGAGGUCGCCGGCGACCGCUUCACGGCCGCGCACUUCCGCAACCUCGCCUACAACUCGUGGGCCUACAUGCGCGAGCAGGAGGGCCUCGCCAAGAAGGACGUCGAGGACUUUGUUGGCGACAAGGCCCGGCUGGCGCGCAACCUGCGCGGCGAGGAGAAGGACAAGCUGUCGCGCCUGCGCCGGGGCCAGAUCUGGGACCUGGUGAAGGAGUACCUGGCGCAGUUCCCCGGCCGGCGCCGGCUCGUGUCGCUGCACGAGGCCAACGACGUGGCGCGCCGGCUGGGCAACGAGUACCUGUUCACGCGGUACUACGAUCGCAAGAGGCGCGGCGACCGGGAGUCCGAGCCGCGAGAGGACAACGAGGACGAGGACGAGGACAACGGCGGCAACGAGGCCACCGAGGAGCUCGACGAGUUUGGCAACAAGAAGAAGAAGGCCAAGGUGGAGGACAUUGUCAAGCAGAUCCUGCCCACCAUGCAGCAGCACGCCUGGAAGCCGUACAAGGAGCCGUGCGAGAAAUGUGGCCUCCGGCAUGACAAAUUCCCGAGGCUUUGGCGCUUCUGGGAACGGGAUGACGUCUCGAAUCAUCCAUUUGCGGUCGAGCCUGGCAGCGCCGUCUGGUUCGCUCGGGGCGCCGCCGUGGAGUGCCCUAUCGUCCUGAAGGACGAGAAUGGAAAGGAGUAG